CCCUGAAACUCUCUCAAGCCACACCAAGAACCGUCACAAUGACCACGCCCUUCGAGAAAGCCCUCGCGGCAAUCGACUCCGCCCACGCCGAAGACCCCAACAAACACACCCUCCCCGACGGCACCGAGAUGCCCUACGAACUCCACUACGCGCAGAAAUGCAACGAGUAUCUCGAGAAACGCGCCCCAGACAGCCCCGAACACCUGCGCCUCGCGAUCCGCGCCCAGCACUUCCGCCGCUGGGAAGUCCCGCGCUCGUCCUACCCGAUGACACGGCCGGGCUACCACGCCUGGCGCACAUUCCUCAAAAAGCGACAAGCCUCUCUCGUCAGCGAGAUCUGCAUAAACUCCGGGUUUGACGAAGAAUUCUCGGAACGCGUGGGCGCACUGAUACGCAAGGAAGAUCUAAAAGCGGAUGAAGAAACGCAGGUACUGGAGGACGUGGCGUGCCUGGUAUUUCUAGACGACCAGUUCGAGCAGUUUGAGAAGGAACAUGAUGAGGCGAAGAUAUUGGGGAUUUUGCGCAAGACAUGGGUGAAGAUGACGGAGAAGGGGCAUGAGUUGGCGCUGGGCAUGGGAAUGGAGGGACGGCCGAAGGAACUCGUGGAGAAGGCAUUGGCUGGGGCUUAAAAGACACUUGUACGUAGUUCUGCGAGGAGAAUUGUAUUGUAUUUUAUUAGGGGU